GAAAAUGUUAGUUUUCUGUUUGACUCCAAGUUUUGAGUCACUUUUGCAAAAAGGCCAUUAAUAUAUUUCUUCUUUUGGGGAGAGGGCAAAUUGCAAACAGCAAGCAAAAGAUGCACACUUUUGUGUGUGUAUAUAUACCCACACAAUCAUUUCAAGAACCAGCACCAACCAACACUAGAGAAAUAAAAACUCAUCAAACAAAAAAAAAAUCUCAAAUCUCAGAUCAAACCACCACUAAGAAUCAAUAUUUUGCAGAGUAUCUAUCAACCAUCAAUGGCGGAUUCAUGGAAGAAGAAAACCAACAGAACCGCAAUAAAGCAUAAAGCAUGGAGUCUUGUGAGGAUGGCUCUUCUAUGGGCAAGAAAAGGUGGAGUUUUCAAAAGAUGGCCUUUGCUCGAGCUACGUAACUUGUUAUCAAAGCAUCUCAAAGCCCUAGCUCAUCAUAACAACAGUGACCGUUAUCUUUCCCGUUACAGAGAACGUGAGCUUUCCUUUGAUGAAACACCGUUGUUUAACGCCAAGAAGAAGAAGAUACGUCGUCCUACGUCUAUGAGGUUCCUCCUUCCCUGCAUUGCCUCUCCUAUAGAAUUUGAUUAUGAGUUUGGUAUGGACGGUCAAGAUUACUCCGAUGAGGUGAUAUCGUACGGUUACGAUGAGCCUAGUGUGGAAAAAUGUGAUCGUACGGAUAAGGAUGAUGAGGAAGAAGAAGAAGAGAAAGGGGUUGAUGUGAGAGCAGAGGAGUUCAUUGCUAAGUUCUAUGAGCAGAUCAAGUUGCAGAGGCAAAUCUCUUAUAUGAAAUACAGAGAAUAAGCAUAAUUAUUUAUGGAUUUUUUUUUCCAAUUUUGAAAGAUAGUGCUUAUUUUUAUUUAUAUGAUUGCAGCUCGUUUUUUUUUGUAGGUAAUUGAAAGUCUGAGAAUUUUCAAAGAUGUUUCACUAUUGAUCUUUUUGAUUUGCCUGAAGUUUUCUUCUUUUUUACAUUACCUAAAUUUCAUUUUAGCAUGUGAUACACUAUUAAAGUUUGAUACAUUGUCUAAAAUAAUAUACUCUUCAGGACUAAUUAAGUGGACAAUAAUUAUGAAGCAGAGUAUAAGUAGUACCGACUUAUCGUCGCAGAUUUCACCAUUGCUGCAUCUAGUUUUGUUUUCUCCGCCUAUAUUCAACUUUGUAUAAGUACUAUCGUCGCACAUUUCACCAUUGUUCCAUCUAUUUGUGUUCUCUCCGCCUAUAUUCAACUCAUCUUGAGUAUCAUUCUGAUGGAAAAGUUAACGGAUAAUGUUUCUUCAAGAGAUUAAGAUAGAAAGUGAACAACUAUGUUCAAGAUAUCCUUCGUAUUGCAGGAAAAAGCUUUGUAUUUGUAGACUCUUCUAAGUCUUUCUGAAAUUUAUUUCUCUUUAUUUAUUUUGCUUUUUCCUGCUUGAUUAAAAGUGACUAAACAGUCCCCUAUUUAUACUAGAAAAGGUAACUACAAGCUAUUUCCAAAACUCUCUAGAAAAGGUAACUACAAGCUAUUUCCAAAACUCUCUUGAUCUUAUCCGCAGCAUCUUCUAUACAAUUCUUGAUCCUCUACAUAUUUCUUCUUUUUGGGUUUCUAGGGUUAGAACUAGAUUAUUAUUAAUCUUGAGCUAAUGUGUAACGCUCCGACCGCCCACGACUAAUGGGCCAUCCACACCCACUCUCUCGACCGUGGACUCCAUCCCUUUCCAACGGUCGGUGCGUAACUUUUCCAAGUCUCAAAAUCAUUGUUUACUGGCCCUGCAAUCAGCCACAUUACCUUUCACCGUGCUUUGGUCUCACUCACAUACUAUCUCGAAUCAUUUUCCGAUAGGUCACCCAUCCUUUCACUACUUCAGCCCAAACGCACUUAACUCUGGAAUUCUAAAUGGAUGUGUGACAGAAAAUGUAAGUCAACUUUGGUGACAUAGGUAGCCAAACCAAUUCUUUAAAACCUUCCCAUAUAUCACAACUCGGAAUAUUAUAUAAUGCUUUCUUAUUUAGCCCAGAAUCGUGGCCAUGCCGUUGCAUAAAAGUAAUAGCAAGAGGACUCCAACAUCAUCUCAUUGUAUUUACUCUUUUUGAACUAUUCAUAAAUCCAUUUUCCUUUUCUUGUAAUCCAUGGUCCAAACAACCUAUACAACAAGCAGAGUGCAUUUCUCACCUCUUUUCCUUUUUCUUUCACAUUGCUCUUUCAUUUCUACUAGGUGGUAACCCGCGCCUUGCGCGGAGUGAUGGAUUAAAAGAGAUUAUAACUUUAAAACUAUAUGGACUAAUUUAUUGGGGUAUUUUAAUUAUAUUUUAUGGAAAUACAUCUAAAAGAGUAAGUAAAGACUUAUAUAAAUUUAUUAUGAAUUUAAGAUGAAAAAAAAGCAAGAGCAUUAUUGUUUUCAUAAUAUAAAUUAUGAAUAUAAAAUAAAAUGAAACAUAUGCAACAGAAUAAUAAAAUAUGAAAGAAACAAAUUUAUAAAGAAACAAAUAAAAAAUUGAUAAAACCACAACUACUGUUAGAAGUGUCUUCAGAACUCGUGGUUUGCAAUUCUAUAGAAAGCCAUAACAAAGUAUCAACUUACCAAACUAAACACAUAUAUUUACCAAAUUCAGUAAACGAAAUGUUAUACCUCUUUCUGAAAACAUCGAUUUCUAGAACAUCGUUACUUUCAAAAAUAAUUUUUGAAACCCAUCAUUGUUAAUCACAUUCUUUAAUCGACCUUAUCAUGAUAAAAAAAAACAAUGUAAGCAUAAUCAAAGACGAAAUUCAUGAAUUUUUUUUUGUAUGUAGAAAAAUAGUAG